ACUGGGAUAUGGCGCUAGGAGUUCAAAAUUAAUGUUUCUACCAUAUUACUUCAAAGCACUGAGUAUCAAUUAACCUGCUAUUUAAACUCUUUGCAUGUCAUGUGUUAUAUGGACACUUCUAAAGUUGAAACCUUUUGUAUGAACAACCUUGGAGAUUCUCAACUUUACACUUUCUCUUUUUCAGAGGGGAAUGAGGGUGAAGGUUUACCGUCGCAGUGAUGAUGGUAAAUGGGAUGACCAAGGAACUGGGCAUGUGACUGUGGAUUAUUUGGAGAGACCGGAAGAGCCAGGUUUGUUUGUUAUUGAUGAAGAAGACAAUGCAACAUUGCUCUCGCAUUAUAUUAGCCCAGAAGAUAUUUACAGAAAACAAGAAGAUACAAUUAUAUCCUGGAGAGACCCAGAAGCUACAGAAUUAGCACUUAGUUUCCAAGAGGCUACAGGGUGCUCUUACAUAUGGGAUUAUAUCUGUAAUAUGCAAAGAAAUAUGCAUUUCAGUACCCUUAAUAGUGAUACAUUUCACAGCAUGAGUAGCGAGUUGAGAGAUUUGCCUGCUGUCGAGCUUUCCACUCUUCCUUUAAUACUCAAGACUGUGACUGAGAGUGGCCUUGCAGAUCAUAUGCGGUUGACAGAACUUAUACUAAAUGAUCAAGAUUUUUUCCCCAAGCUCAUGGACAUAUUUAAAAUCAGUGAAGACUUGGGGAACCUUGACAGUCUUCACUUGAUAUUCAAAAUAGUCAAGGGGAUCAUACUGCUCAAUAGUGCUCAGAUUUUUGAGAAGAUAUUUGGAGAUGACUUAAUAAUGGAUAUUAUUGGUUCCCUUGAGUAUGAUCCUGAUGUUCCUCAUAUCCAACAUUAUCGGAAAUAUUUGAAAGAACAUGUUGUCUUUAAGGAGGCUAUUCCAAUUAAAAAUCCAGUAGUCCUCUCAAAGAUACACCAGACAUACAGAAUUGGCUAUUUAAAGGAUGUUAUUUUGGCUAGAGUUUUGGAUGAAGCAACAGCUGCAACUCUAAACUCUAUGAUUCAUGCAAAUAAUGCUCAUGUUGUGUCUAUGUUGAAGGAUGACAACACCUUUAUUCAGGAGUUGUUUGCAAGGUUGAAAUCAUUGACCAUAUCUUCUGAAUCAAAGAAGCAUUUGGUAUAUUUCCUUCAUGAAUUCUGUAGUUUAGUCAAGAGCCUGCCGAUGAUUCAGCAGCUACGCCUAUUUCGGGAUCUCAUGACUGAAGGCAUUUUUGAUAUCAUUGCUGAUACUUUGCAGAGCCAAGACAAAAAACUUGUGCUUGUUGGGACAGACAUCGUGAUAUUGUUCCUGAAUCAGGAUCCAAACCUUCUGCGUUCAUAUGUUAUUCGGCAGGAAGGCAUCCCACUUCUAGGACUCCUGGUUAAAGGAAUGAUAACUGAUUUUGGGGAGGAUAUGCACUGCCAGUUUCUUGAAAUUCUUCGCAUCUUACUGGAUCCAUACACAUUGUCAGGAGCUCAGAAAGACACUAUUAUUGACAUUUUCUAUGAGAAGCAUUUGGGUCAGCUAAUUGAUGUCAUAACAGUGUCAUGUUCACCUGAUGGGGUUGCACAUCCAAUGAAUAAAUCUGUGGACAGUGCAGGAAUUGUUGAAAUUCCAAAUAGUGCAAAGCCUGAAAUACUGUCAAACAUAUGUGAAUUGCUGUGCUUUUGUGUUGUACACCAUCCUAGUAAAAUAAAGAGUACUUUUCUCCUUAGCAAUGUUAUAGACAGAAUUUUGUUGCUGACGAGGAGAAGGGAAAAUUACCUUGUAGUUGCUGCUGUUCGUUUUGUCCGCACCAUUCUUGCAUGCCAUGAGGAACAGUUGAUGAAUCAUUUUGUUAAGAACAACCUUCUCAAACCAAUUAUUGAUGCCUUCAUUGCAAAUGGGGACCGGUAUAAUUUGCUCAACUCUGCAGUUCUAGAACUUCUAGAAUAUAUCCGCAAGGAAAACCUCAAGCCAUUGCUUAAAUAUAUAAUUGAUUCUUUUUGGAAUCAGUUGGUCAAGUUUGAGUAUUUGGCUUCUAUUCAAGCACUAAAAGUUAAAUAUGAGCAGUUGUUGGAAAAUUGUGGAACAAGAAAUAAUGCUAAUGCUGUGGACCCAAGAAAUAAAAUUGAUGAACGUGGACUGGAUAAAGAAGAGGAAGAUUAUUUCAAUGAGGAUAGUGAUGGAGAAGAUACAGCAUCUGCAUCACAUACUGAGAAAGUACAAUCUCAGCCUGUUUUGUCCAAUGGAGUUGCUGCAAGUCACACAUCAUUAAGCUCAAGAUCUGGUGGACUUGUUGACUAUGAAGAUGACGAUGAUGAUGAGGACUACAAACCACCUCCUAAGAAACAAACAGAAUCCUUAGAUGAAGAUGAAGGAAUUAUGGAGUCCCUCAAGUUGAAGCGUAAGUUUGCUUCUAAGGACAAGGAGCCUGAGCUUGCCAAGAAACAACGAUUGGGCAAAAACCCAAAAUCAAAGGAUGGUGUCUUUGCUGCCUUGUGUUCAACACUAAGCCAGGCAGUGAUUCCCAGUAAGAAAACAUCGAAUGCCAUUCAUGUAUCAUCUCGCACAUCGCAUGGGAAUAGGGGCCUGGUAGAGGAAAUUCAUCAAGAGAGAGAAUCUGGCAAUCCUGGAAUUAGUUCUGAUAGGAACACUGGUUCAGAUGAGGAGAAGCAGAGAGGGAAGGAACCUCCUGUUUCAAGAAACUGUUCUGAUUGCUUGCAUAGCACUUCUGACAAUAGGCAGCUAGGUGGAGAGGACUGUCCUUUAAUACCACCACAAUCCUCACCAGAAAUGGCUGUAAAUGGAUCUUAAUUUUAUUUCUGAGAAUCAUUUUGAGCAGGAUAACUUGUUUUCUUUUAUGUUUUAUUCAACUCAAGGAUGUGCUUGGUACCAGUUCAAUCCUGGCCUAUUGAAGAAACAAUCAACAAAAAUGGAAUUGAAUGCAGAGAAGCUGGAUUGGUUUUUCAUCAUCAGCAUGGGGUGAGGAUACCGUACCGCACCUGAGGGCAGGAAGAAGUCACUACCAGUCUUACUCCUAUGCCCAUUCGACCAGGCCAGUCUGACGCUUUGAGCUGAGUAAACUGUUGAAUCUGUAAAACAUUCUUGUUUUGUCUAAUUCUGUCCUCUUGAUCAUUCUUUCUUUUCUUUACCCAUUUUCUUGUUUUGCCUCAUUUUAUAACUGUGAACUGAACAAUAUGAUAGAAAGGGCAUGAUUCAAAUAUAAUGCCCUGCAUAGUGUCCCUAUGUUAUUUCAGUUUUGUGGUGGUUGUGAUUGUGGGUGUCAUAGAGAAGGAAAAGGAAAAGGUGUAGAAGUUGGUUAGCAAGGCCAAUUUUUCUCACUGUUGCUGAGACUUAAAAAUUUAUAGACCCCUGUAAAUUACAACUUUGUUGUUGCUCUGCAUAUUUUCA